AUGUACGGUAGAAGGAAAAAAGGGUUGUGUUCGCCCGCGCAACGCAGAAUUCCGGAGUGUGACGAUUUGGCAAAGACCACCUCAUCUGCAACUUCUUCAGUGUUCGAAUUCACCGAGAAUCCUGUGGAAUUACAGAAAACUGUCAGAUUUCCGCGAAAACGCUUGCUCCAGAACGCGUCGAUCCCGAAGAUUCGCAACUUCAACACGGAAGACUACUUCAGAGAGGCUCCAGAGGAGCAGCGACCGCGAUGGAUGCCAGAAAAACAGCCUGAACGCGUACAAUCGCUGUCUCAUACGCCUAAGAAACAAAAAUCUGGAAGCACCAAGCUGGAACUAGGGGAGCUGUCCGAGGUAAAAUACAUGUCACCAAAAAAGACUUCAGUUCCCGACAAUCUAUCUGAUCUGUUUGAUGAACUCCCGCAGAGUCCGCGAAAAUCCACCUUAAACAUCAGGACAUUGACUAAUAUGACUUCGCAGGAGCCAGUGUCUCAGAUCCCAAAAUUUGCACUAGAGCUUCCUUCCAUUCCAGCGGCGGAGACUGACCACCAGCCGGUUCCUAUCUCUUCAAAAUCACAAAAUGCUCCCAGACACUACGGGAUUUCACGAAGCUACCGUGCGGAGCACAAUUCAGACAGCGAGAGCGAUGGGCUCGACACAGAGCCCAUCUGCUCGAACCUACAACCUACCCUUGAUCUCAGGGUAUCAGGAUUGAACAGCAGAUACGACCAUGAGAUUGAAUUUAUGGCGGAGACCGUCAGCUCUCCCAAAUCUCCAUUGUCAACGAAAAGAACUGCGCUUCUUGAGACGGCUUGCAAAAGCGCAAAGGAUGCCAAAAUGAUGGAUCGUCUUGCGCUCAGGGGCGUGGACGAUUUAGCUCUUGGCAUUGAAGCAGCUGGAAACGACUUCAUCCUCGUUUCGACAUGGAUAUACUUGGCCACACCGAUGAAAAAGGAGCCACCGUUGGAUUUCACAAGAAAAGCACUCGAACUCCUCUUGCCUAUCUCAGAGGAGUUGCGAGUAUACCUUGAGAAACAAGCGAAACUGCCCAAGAUUGACCAGCUGGCUUUGGAAGAUUUUCUUGAGCAUGUUACAACAGCUUCUCCUAGAGAAUUGGCAUUUAAUUAUUUAUUACACCGAGACCACCAUGUUUUGGUGGAACUAUGCACACAUAAACUACUGAGUUUGGUUAUUCAAGCCGCCCAGCUGGAUGAUGGGAAAAGCAUGUUGCUGGUUGAGAUGCUCGUGGACGAAUUGCGUCCGCUGGCAGGGUUUGACAAAAUAGAGCAUCUGGUGAAAUCUGCGAUCACUAAAAGGCCAGAAUGUUUGCCGACUUGCUUGCGCCUGGCAAUUGUUUUGACAACAGAGAGGGAAAGCACGCUAAAUGACCCAGCUCUUGUAGUGCCACUGCUAGAAUUAGUGCGCGGGUCGCACAUUCUUUCCGGAGACAUAGCUUUGAGCCAGGACCAAGAAAACGGACUUUUUGCUCUGGGAUUGCUUUUCAACCUCCAGGAGCACGUCUCCUGGCCAGCAGAUGCUAAAACGCUCUUUAAAGAGCUGCUACAGUCGGUAGAAAUCGAGAAAAAUCCGCAAAAUGCCAUAAGAAUUCAUGCUAUAGGUUAUUUCUGCCUGCUAGUGGACACAGCCACGGAAACGGUCAGGAGAGGUCUUGAAACAUUCCGCGCUGCAGUGGCGGGCAGCAACCAGUCUAUUAAAGCCAGGAUCGAAGCCAAGCUCAGCCAAAUGUGUUGA